UAUUCAACUCAAUUGUUUCUCUUAAACAAGGGAAUUGCAAACAAUAUGGUGAUGUUAAUACGUUCACAUGGGCUACUACCACUUGCAACUGCAAGAACCCCAAUACAAAGCCACCUAAAGUCCUCAUACAAAAUGGCCUUAAAAUCCCAAAAGACACACUCUAUGCCACAUGAGAAAAUAGAAGUGUUCAAAUCACUAGAGAAAUGGGCAUUAGAAAGUAUUUUGCCACUGGUCAAACCAAUUGAGGAUAGUUGGCAACCCCAUAACUUGUUGCCAGAUUCAUCGUUGUCAUCGGAUGAGUUCAUUGAUCAUGUGAAGGCCUUAAGGGAUCGAACGGCUGAGCUUCCAGACGAUUACCUAGUAGUUUUAGCGGGUGCUAUGAUUACUGAGGAAGCACUGCCUACAUACCAAACAUGGAUAAACAAGUUAGAUGGAGUGGGGGACGAGAGUGGUUCAAGUCUCACACCAUGGGCUAUAUGGUCACGCUCUUGGACCGUUGAAGAAAAUAGACAUGGAGAUUUACUUAAAACUUAUCUCUAUCUCUCUGGUCGAGUUGAUAUGCAAACGAUUGAAAAAACCAUCCAUUAUUUAAUUGGAGCUGGCGUGGAUUUGGGUACCGAAAACAACCCAUACAUGGGGUUCAUGUACACAUCCUUUCAAGAGCGAGCCACAUUUGUGUCACACGGCAACUUAGGUAGGUUGGCUAAAGAGAGAGGCGAUAUGACACUUGCACGCAUUUGUGGGACUAUUGCUGCAGAUGAGAAGCGCCACGAAAAUGCAUAUGUGAGAAUUGUGGAAAAGCUUCUAGAAGUGGACCCAACAGAGGCUAUGAUGGCCAUAGCAAAUAUCAUGCAUCACAAGAUUACAAUGCCCGCACAUUUGAUGCACGACGGGCAAGACACAUGCCUCUUUGAUCAUUUCUCUGCAAUAGCACAACAUAUUGGUGUGUACACGACCGAUGAUUAUGCUAAUAUAUUAGAGUUCUUAAUUGAACGGUGGAAAUUGGAGAAGCUCGGGGGAUUGACAAGCGAAGGGCAACAUGCACAAGAUUAUGUGUGUCGACUUGCACCUAGAAUAAGGAGACUACAAGAACGUCGUGAUGAGCGAGCAAGCAAAAUCAACCACAAAUUCAAAUGGAUCUUCAAUAAAGAGGUGUCCUUGUGAAGUUUUAAAGUCUCUCCCCAAUGUUAAUUUUUCUUGUGAUCCAAAAUUAUUUUAUAGUACUAUCACAACUUGUUUCUCUCCCUCACUUCAAGCUUUAUUCUUCUCCUCUCAAACCUUAACCUUAUAUCAUCGCCACCCACAUCUGGCCAUGCUCCACCACUGUUUCCAUUGGCCAUAAAAUCAUCACCAGUUUUUUAUUUUUUAUUUUUUUGUGAUCUACACUUUUAAUCAUUUGAAUCAUUUGAUUUUCCUUGGUUCCUUAAUGUGGGGUUCUUUACUUGGUGCUCAAGUUUUUUUUUAUCGUUGUGAUUUUCAGCAACUUCAAGUUUUUAGCUACAAUAAUGGAUUUGUACAUAUUCUCUCUGGUCAUAAAUAUAAGUAUUUUUUUCCAGA